AUGUCUGGUUAUUCUAUCUUUAGGAAUGAUCGGCUUAACAAGACUGGUGGUGGAGUGGCUGUCUAUGUUAAGGACGGUUUGAAUGCCAGACUAUUGUAUGCAUCUCCGGGUGAGUACUCGGCUAAACCCGAGUUCAUGUUUUUAGAAAUUUGUUUGUCUGGCUCAGAUGCUCUUCUCAUGGGGGCAUGUUACCGCCCUCCAGGCGUGGGGCAUCUGGCAGAUUUUGAAGACAUUCUCUUGCGCCUCAUGCCUGGCUACGGUCGUAUCUUAAUCAUGGGCGACUUCAACUGUGACUUAUUGAAACCUGAACGCUACGACUGCAGACAAUUAAAAAACAUGUUUGACUCUUGCAAUUUUACUAUACUUCCACUGGACCCAACGCACCACACUGCCGAAGCUGAAACUCUAUUAGACCUCAUCAUUGUAAAUGAUCCAGAAACUUCAGUCCACCACGGACAGCUUCCAGUCCCGGCCAUAUCUCGCCACGAUUUAAUCUAUUGCGCCCUUUCAAUAAGAGCACCAAAACCCGAACAAAAAAUCAUUACUUCAGUCUUACAACACGCCAAGUUUCAUUCUUACGCUGAUGACUUACAAAUUUACGCUCACUUCAAAGUCAGUGUGGUGAAUGAAACAAUCACAUCAAUGAACGACGACAUCAACAGAAUUGUGGAGUGGGCAGCAAAGAAUGGACUAAAACUUAACCCUGACAAAACCAAACCAAUCAUUAUUGGCCACGCACGACAACUAAACCGACUUGACCAAAACCUUUUACCUCACAUCACUGUGAAUGUAACAGCAUGUCGCCUUUGGAACUCACUACCAUUCACUAUCAGGAGCAUAGAAUCCCGUUCCCGACUGACGGCGGCGCUGAAGGCGUACUAUCUCGAUCGGAUGACCGUGGCUUGGUGGGAUGGCGAUAUCCCUAACAUAGUAAAAUUCGAGCCUCAGGAUGAAGACCCAACACUUCAAGUUGAAGAACUACAGGGUGUUUCCCUUCGUAUUCUUCAAACACAGGAGGAAACGCAGGACACGAGGGAGGAUCCCAUCACUACAGUGAGUACAGAAACCUUUGUUUGCAGUCAUUGUCACAAAACAUAUCACUCCAAAUCCACAUUGUCAGUUCACAUACGAAGAGUUCACUUGCCCGACAGCUGUUACAAAUGUCCUGAAUGUGAUAAAAUAUUUACAAGCCAGGUAGGGUUGAAAAUUCACCAGAAUACGCAUUCAGACGAUAAACCAACAAUGUGCAAAGAGUGCGGGAAAACGUUCAGUUGUGUAUACAAUAUGCGUGUUCACCAGCGGGCCCAUAUUGGACUGAAGCCGUUUCUAUGUGCUGAUUGUAACACAAGUUUUUACGACAAAGGCAGCCUCCGGAAACAUCAAAGGGUACAUUUGAAUGUUAAACCCUUUAAAUGUUCAUAUUGUCAGCGUUCCUUCAGACGAAACUCUUCGUUGCGGAAACAUGAAAUUACACAUAUCGGAAAUAGACUAUUUCAGUGUAACACCUGUAAUAAGUGGUACAGUACGAAGGAAAGUCUCAAACGUCACCAAAUCGUUCACACUGGAGUAAAAGCCUUCACCUGUCAUGUUUGCGGGAAAUCUGUUUGUAACCAAUACACACUGAAAAUUCAUAUGAGAAUUCACACCGGCGACAAACCUUACGCUUGUGACCUCUGUAAACUGAGGUUUUAUGACUCCAGCACGCUGCGGAAACACACAAAAAAUUACCACAUUCAAGAAAAGUCUUUCCAAUGUGAUUUGUGUAAGAAAACGUUUGCGGAUAAAAGAAACAUACAACUACACAUGGUGACUCACUUGCAAGUAAAAAAAUAUGAAUGCAAAUUCUGUGAUAAGUCCUUCACUGGAAAAAAUUACCUGAAAACUCACAUCAAUAUACACAACGGAAUUUACGAAUUUGUCUGUGUAGUUUGUAGCAAAGUUUGCGUUUCUAAGGAAAACUUGCAGGCUCAUCUUAAAUGCCACGAGGAGGAAAAACAGUUUUCUUGCGAGGUUUGCAAAAAGUUUUUCAGAGACUUGGGAUCACUCAAGAAGCAUUUUCGCACACAUACAGGUGAACGCCCGUACACUUGCCAACCCUGUGGGAAAUCGUGGCGGAAAAGCAGUAGUUUGAAACAACAUAUGAUGAAACACCGUGGCGAACAGGAGAAGAAAGUUAGUUGUCCUGUUUGCCACAAACGGUUUACCUCGACCCGCCUCAAGGUACACUCGAUUAUACAUUCGGAUGUAAAACCUUUCCCUUGCUCGCACUGUCCAAAAGCUUUCCACACGAAAUCGAAUAGAGAUGUACAUGAACGAAUCCACACCGGAGAGAAACCAUUCUGCUGUCCGAAAUGUUUCAAACGGUUCGCACAGAGUGGUAAUUUGAAGUAUCAUAGUCGUAAAUGCCAGUGAAAAUCAAAACAAAAUUACUGAGCUGAAUGAGUUACCGGGUAGUAAACAAGAUGAGUUAUGUGACAAGAUAUUUAUCUUUUUACAUUAAGGGUGAUUUUACCAAUCCUGGGACAAAAAAAGGAGUAUAUUUUUAUUUCAACCAAAAGGAAGACAAUUUGUUUGUUUUGAGUUGUUUUUAUUUGAUUUUAAAAUAUUAGUGAAUAUUUCUAUUUCUGUUUGAGACAGAUUUCUUAAACGAAAAUAGAUUUUAAAUUUUCAGUGUUAUUUAGUUGUUUUAAUUUGUUAAAUUU